GUUAUCGCAGACACGUGAAAGUUUUGGAAGAUUGUUCACAAUGACAACAGCUUCGGUUUCGAAGGGUUGUUUUGUAUUUAAAGCAAGAAAUAAACAGAAAGUGUUGCAGCCAGCUGAGUAUUUUUGUGAUGAAGAUGGGAAGGUACAUAGCAUUGACAAACAAAGAUGGCAGACAUAUGAAGAUUGCUGGCAGAACAUUAAUACUGAUAUACAGAAAUUACAGAGUGAAGUUAACAGUAAAAUAUUCGUAGAUUUGGUAAAUUUCAUCCAGAGAUCUCAUCAAGAAUUCCAACUCCAGAAUGAAGGUGAUAAUGAUUGCAGUUCCAAAAAAAAGAAGAAAGUUAUUCAUGAAAUCCCAACAGCUGCUCUUAUAACAGGUGUUAAUACUCCGGACCAUAAUGACAUGUUUUGUCAGUUAUUGACUUUAUUACGUGAUAAGAUUACACCAUAUAUAGCACUAUUGGGAUCAAAAGACUGUAAUAAUGUGAAAUCAACGAUGAUGAAAUUAUUAUCACAAUUAAUGGGAUCCACCAAUCAUCUGGACGAUGAUGAUGAUGAAGAUUCACCAGAUAUUAAUAUGAGGCGUAUUCCUUGCACUAUGCCAGUAUUGUGUGGAUGGUAUAAAGACAAAACACAGAAGUCCAGGUCUGUGAUAAAAUCACCUCGUAGGUCACCUGGAAAGUCACCGCACAAGUCACCUGGUAAAUCACCCCGUAUAGAAUCUCAGAUGCAUUACUCUCGAUACCCACCCAUUGUCUUGGUAUUGGAAGACUUUGAGAAUUUCAAACCCCAUGUGUUACAGGACUUACUUAUUAUAUGCAAUCAGUAUUUGUCAGAGCUGCCGAUAGUUUUGAUAUUUGGUAUAGCAACAGCUGUCACAGCAGUACACAGAUUAUUGCCUCAUGCUGUGUCUUCAUUAUUAUGCAUUGAGAAAUUCCAAGCACAGCCAGCAACAGAGUAUCUAGCACAAGUCAUUUUUGCCAUGAUGGAUCAUUUCUUCAAUAACACUACCAGUCUACUUUGCUGUCCUCCCAGUGAAGUAUCUAGCAAAAUUAAAGACCUUAAAAGCACUACAUUGGACGAGUUUAGAAACUUGGAUUCAUUCAGAAGAUAUGUGGAGGAACAGAAUCCUGAAGAACAGAAGUCUUUGUUAUUAGAUGAGAAACAUUUCAGAAAAUUUCUUAAAAGAAGUAUAAAACAGAUUUGGAAAUAUCAUGACUAUUUCUUUCCCACCAUGCAUUGCUUGCAUUUAUUGACCUUUGACCUGCCAGGUCAUCCACUGGGGAGACGAAUAAGAGAGCUGUAUUCUCUCUGUCUGCAAGGUGACAUUGUUCAAAGUGAAAGUUAUCAAGAUGCUAAAAGUUUGUUGAAACUAAUGGCAAGAGAAGAAUUGGUUUCUUUAUUAAAUAAAUGUAAUGAUUCUUUAUCUGAGUAUGAAGACAAUGACCUUGAAAUAAUUUGUUUAGAAUUACAGACCUUCAUUUCGCAGUUCAACAGCUUAGUUGAUUGCAAUGAACCUGACCAGGUGAAUCAACAAGAAGAUGCACAGAAGAGUAAUGAAGUACCAAACAAACCUACUGGACUAUAUGAUCUCAAGAAACACCUACAAGAGUCAGCAAAGAAAAAGAAAAUACCAACAAAAUUUGAAUCUUUACGAAAUCAGGUGUUGGAAUAUCUGGAAAAAAAUCUCUUCAGUAAAUAUCUACACAGUGCCUGUAGCUUGAUAUUUCAUGAGAUAUUUUACAGCGACUGUGUGUCUGUGUUAAGACGACAUCUGAAUGCAUCACCAAGGGCCGCCAUACAAAUGGCGCUCACCAACCCACACCAUUAUUUACAGUGUGACUGUUGUGAAACUGAGCCUGGUAAUAUACCAAAUAAUGCACCUGAUUUGUGUAUAGUAUACAGAUUACAUUUGGAAUGUGGCAGGCUUAUUAACUUGUAUGACUGGUUACAGGCCUACAUCACUAUUGUUGAUGAUAAUGAAGACAGCGCUGCAGAGGAUGAGAAUGAGGAAUCUAAGAAAGUAGAUAAACCACCAGAUCCAGUCUUACAGGCACGAUUCAUCAGAGCUGUCUCAGAACUACAGUUCUUGAGUUUUAUCAAACCAACAAAAAAGAAAACAGACCAUGUUGCAAGAUUAACAUGGGGUGGGUGCUGAUUGUCAAAGGCCAAACACUUUAUUGAUUUAAUUAUCAUAACAUUGUACACUUGUUGUUUUUCUACUCCCAUGUUGUGUGAUGAAAUCGUUGCUAUGGCGACACUUGCACUGUAUGCACUGCCAUAUUUGAAUAAUAAAACUAUUUUUGUACCUGAAUGCA